AUGAUUAAGAAUAUUUAUCAAGAAGCCCGAGCCCCAAACAGACACAUCACGAAUGUAAAGUUUAAGCCUAUUCAUAUAAAAUAUAUGUUCUAAUUGGUAAAUUUGUAAUUUACCCAAUUUAUUUGA